AAUUGUAAAAGCCCAAACGCUCCUACCAGCAACUGCAAAUUCAAGAAACCAAUCAAAUCAGCUCCACCACUCAAUGUGGCGGCGGCGGCUCAAAUCGACGACGAUUCGUAUUCCGACCACCCCUACCACCACCUCGUCGUCCCGUUCCUUUACCUUCUCUCACUCCUCUUUCAAAGACAUUCAAACUUUAUUCCUAGACGAAAUCCCCUCGAACUCCAUUUUCCACCGCCGCCUCAGCCUCCUCCGUCCCACAUUACCCCUUCCCGCUCCUCCUGAAGCGGACCGCCGCGUGGUGGUCUACUUCACCAGCCUGCGCGUGGUCCGGUCGACGUUCGAGGACUGCAGGGCCGUCCGAUCCAUCCUUCGCGGGUUUCGGGUAAAGAUGGACGAACGAGAUCUGUCCAUGGAUUCCAGAUUCGUGAUGGAGUUGCAGGGAAUCAUGUGCAAGACGGGGAUGAAGCUGCCUAGUGUUUUCAUUGGUGGGAGGUACAUCGGUGGGGCCGAGGAGGUUAUCCGGCUGCACGAGAGUGGUGAGCUCAAGAAGCUCAUGGAAGGCUUGCCCGCAGCAGAUUGCUCCCUGUGUGACGUGUGCGAUGGUCAUAGGUUCGUUCUGUGCGACGUGUGUGACGGUAGCCGCAAGAUGUAUACACUGAAAGGUGGCUUCAAGAAUUGUGCGGCUUGCAAUGAGAAUGGUCUCAGCAGGUGCCCUUCUUGUUCUUUGGACAACUCAUACUAAGCCCAAAAAAAAAAAAAAAAAACUGUUGGAAAGCAAUUAACAAUAUGUUUUGGAAUUAUUUUUGCUGGGAAAUUAUGAUUAAGAAUUUGUAUAGGCCCAAGGUUUGACCCCUGGAUUAGUAUUAUUCUUGUUUAUUCUAAUAUUAAGCUAAUAUAAUUUUGGUCAGAUUACGUUUUUAA